UUUAGCGUUCGCCGCGAAAGGUCACGUUUGUCCGCGUCCGCCAAGUGUUUUAUCGCACACCGCAUUGGUUAUUGCCGUGGCAGAGGAAUUAGUGAAGUGCACUAGUUUGGUAGCGCGUAGCGCAGUGGCUCCGGCAUAGUAGUGAUAAUAGUGAAGAGAAAAGUGGCUAAUUAAGUGGAAGUGUCGCAGUGGGAAACACACAAAUCCAAUAAGCGAUCGAUCGAGCGGGGUGGAAAACGCGAUUUGAAAAGGGGUGCUCCAUUCCCGUCCCAACACUAAUCUAAGCAACCAACGGAAAGUUGGUGGCCUUCAGCUAGUGUGUACGCGUGUGUGUGGUUGUUUAUUUGUCGCCAGGAAUAUAGUGGAAUCCUCAUAGUGUAGUAGCGCCGUGUGUGAAGAAGAGAAGAAUACCUGUCAAGAAUUACAGCGAGAAGAGAGAGAGAGAGAAGGAGUGGAGUGACCAGUGGAAGGAUACAUAUUUCAACAGCAAACAACGCAACAAUCGACCCAGGACCGCAGGCCGUUUUGUCGUCAUAUCUUUCAUCUCCGGAAUUGGAAACAUCAUUAAUCCAAAGAAUAGCGUGGGUUGUGCAUUUCCAAUCGAAAAGUAGCCAGCAUACCAACCAAACCAUGGCCAACGUACGAUGGCAGCAGAGCUCCGGCAACAGUAGCAACAGCAGCAGCAGCCGGCGAAACGUGAUCUACAGUCGUAGCAGUGCAUCAGCGCUUACCGUCGUCCUAGCGCUGCUCCUGACGACGCAGUCCAUCGAUGCAUCCCCCAACAGCGUAUUCAAGGUGCUAGUGAUCGGUACCAGUACACAGUCCGUCACCUCGAGCACACUGGCCUGGGAGAAGUUUACCGGUGCGGAAGCGCACCUGCAGUACGCCGUGCCAUCCUACAAACCGGAAGCUCGAUCCAAGGAAAGCCUCGAAGGCGAACUACACACGCCGAGCUACAUCUGCCGGGUGGAAAUCGAAGGCACGUACACCGCGGGCCAAACGGUAACGGAGCAGGCCGACGAUGGAAGCAGGAAAACGAUCUGUAUCGUAGCACCUCAGGAGUCGGAGAUUCGGCGUCACCAUGCGCACGAAAUACUGAUCAACAUGGGAGGCGGUGGAAAGCUGAAGUGGCAACACUGGACCCGGUACCAUGCCGCCGGUAUUUUCGGUGGAGCCGUUAGCGUCGGCACGGGCAAGCAUUCGGAUUACUACAUCGCACGCAUCAAGUCACGACACGGCGAGGGACAGCAUCAGCAUGGACCAUCCUAUAUCGUAGGCAACUUCGAUCCUACCAUUCGCCUCGUUGGGCGUAUCCAUGCUCCGUUGCCAGGUUCCAAGACGAGCACGGAACACGAGAGUGGUGAGAUUCUGGUUGAAAUCGAACCGGCCAAUUACGAACUGCGAAACAUCAAGCUGAACAAGCUGCGAUCGAUCAUCAAGAAGAACACGACCGUGCUGGGCUCUACGAUCCUCUCGAACACGGACGAUAAGACGAGCCAGGCGGAAACGGUCAUUACAUACGAUUACACCAAGGAGAUUUACUACGGCAAGCAUGAGGGUGUCGUGCAGAGUCUGCCAACUCGCGUGUAUGAUACCGCUGGUCAAUCCUUCAACAUCACCUGGGGUAUCAAGAGCUCCGAGCGUCGCUUUGAGACGAAAGCUGUCAAUACGAUGCUGGAUCCGGGUACCGCCAUUAACGUAACGCUGUACGGUAACUACACCGAGCUGGAAGCCCCGUACACGGCCAUCCUGAAGGCAUACUAUGACGACAACAGUGAUCCCGUUAGCCGGACCUUGGGUGCCAUCCUGGUGAGCCGUGAUAUGGAAGAUGUAAAGAUUGAAUUCAGCCCCGUGUACUGGAUUCAAAAUGGAACGCUCGUCCCAACGACGACGACCACCACUACCACCACGACCACCACCACCACUACGACGACGUCCACAACGGAGCGAACAACGAGCUUACGCCCAACGCCAAUCAACAGCACACCCACCGAAGGUGGUGUCAUCGACGACGAUGGCAUGAGCAACGAGAUCGGUCACGUACCGGCGAGCAGCCGCGAGCUCGAUGCAUCCCUCAUCAGUCGGAGCAAUGAGAAGCUCGAGGGAUCGUUUGAUGUUUCCAGCCGUAGUUCGGCUACCGAAUCCGAUGGCAAUCCAGCCAAUAGUGUGCGGCCACUAGCGAGUAUAGCGUUGCUGCUGGCCGCGAUGGUUCCGGCAACCGUGUUCCUUUGCCACCGGAUCUAAGUCCAGAAUUCUCUUUCUCACCCUUCUCUCUACAGUCUCGCUCCUACUUCCAAUCUAUGUUUUCCCUAUCAAAGGGCACCAGCAUCUCCUUUCGAGUCAGUAUCGCUCCCUUUUUUCCUCUUGUUAUUUUUUCCUGAUACCGGGGUUAAGUGGAUGAGCUUCUUGCAUUUCCCUUAUCCAACCGCAGCCACCUCUCAUCCCUAUGAAAUAUGUUUUCGAUUUAACGCGAGAAACAAUUUGUUUUUAGUACGUAAGCCAGUCACGAUAAGGAUGUACUACGACUCUACGAUUAAGGCUUUGAGGGUUAGCAUCACCCUCUUACCUGUUGUCCUAUAUUCCCGCUGCAAAUAGGCAUCGCUGUGGGUAUGAGCAUGAUACAAAAUGGCGCUUCAUCGCAGCUCGCACGAAGAAGUAGCAGAAGCGCAUGCAAGUUUUGAACGCAAAACGAAGGCUUCUAGAAUGGUGAUGAUGAUGAUGAUGAUAAUGAUGAUGAUGAGGAAGAUGAUGAUUCCGUACCAAAAGUCCGUAGAACCAACGAAAAGAACGAAAAGUUCUUCUGCGAUCGCGCGUGCCCACACCUUGUUCCCCCGCCCCCUCCGUUAGAGCAGUAAGCAACUAAGUGUAGCCAGUAAGGUUUGUAUGAUUCGAUGCAACGUGGCACCGAGCGGUGCGCGUAAGAAGCGUUGCGGUGUAAGUAUAAUGUGUAGCAGUUAAUUAAUUUACUUCAAAGUAUCUGUGUACAUAUAGACGAAGAAUCUGAUGCCUCCGCCUUCUUCUAUCCUCCUCGCUCUCAAACCUCGACUUGAUCAAGCAGGGCAAACAUCAUUCAUUCUCACCUUCAGCCAGACUCGUCUCGUGGCCUUGUGUGUUAGCUUUCCUAAAGAAUCAUCCACCAUACACCAUCUACCCUGUCUAUCACCGUUUGCCCGCCCAGCAUAAUGUGUACCACAAGAGGAAUGAACUACUCCCGUCAGACCGUUGUACAUUCCGGUUCCGGAUAUAAAGAUAAAGGGUGCGAUGAAAUGUGUUGUGCAAAACCGCGUUGUGCGUUGUGAGUGUGGCGUUGAAAUCGAAUUCUAAAUUAUACAAUCUUGAUGCAACUAUUAAAAAACCAUAAAGCAAACAUAACACUAAAUACCAGCUUGCACACAUACAAAAAAACACACACACAUAUUCUAUCUCUCUGUCCACUGUCUUCUGAUUCCCUGAUCUGAUAAAUGAUGUAGAGCGGGAUUGCGGAGGACACGGAUUGAUGGUUUCUGUUUGCAAACUUAGAACAACCGUUAAAUACAAGGCUGCACCAUCAGCGCAACAAAAGAAAGGAAUUCUGGAUCGAAUGGGAAAGCUGAAACAAACUGGAGUCUCAAUGCAGUGCUCUUUGCGAGCGUGAUCCAUUGAUUUGGUUAUUUAUUAUAACUUUGUACUAGGUUUAAGAAUGCAGAACCACAUUUUUAUCUCAAUAAAACUCAAUGCCUGAAUUAUCA